AUGUCACUCAUGCUCUCGCAGAUCUGUGGCGGGCCCUUCUUCGACUACGUCUACGUGCCUUGGCCCAAGCUUGCGGUGGUGAACUUCAUCAGCCACGAGAUUUGCCAGGCCGCCUACAUUUGGCUCAGCUGCAUGGAGAGUAUGCAGAGCUAUGGCCUGCGGUCCGUGAAGCAGGCCGUCUUCCAAGGCCUGGCGGCAAACCUUGCGCUCUUCUGCUCCAAGUCGGGGUACAAGGCAAUUCUGGAGCCAGGCGCUCCCCAAGUCUUCGCCAACGGCGCGCCUGUGCCACUCCCGCUUGCAGUGAGCAUCUACUUGGCCAAUCUGGACGACAUCGACAUCGACGUGCAGGGGCAAUCCAAGCAAGCCCUCUACUACGAGAGUGGAAAGAGGGAGGCUUGCCAAUUUCUUCGGAUGGCCCGAGAGGGACCUGAGGCGUGCCACUUCCACCGGAUGGCCCGUGGAUCACAGGGACCCGAGGCGAUGAGCGCGUUUGAGCUGGAGCACACCGUUUGGAGCCUUUGA